UAUAGUCUGCAGCAUUUCAGCAUUGUUGAUUAAAACUGUUCAUAAACUUUGAGAGUUAGAGUGUAUGAAAGAUUCCGCUAUCUGACACCCCUGGGUUUGAUUGGACUGACGAGUUGGUGGACGUGUGUUGACAGACUUGAGUGCAGAUUGUUUUUUGUUUGUGACUGCGGAACAGAAAGGAAAACAGAAUGGCCGGCCUAAGGAAAGCAAAGAAGUAUGACUGGAAGGACUCCAACAUGGCCCUGUUCGGUACCGAUGUGGACCGGAAGGUCAAGAAGGCUUCGGCUGAGACAGAGAAAGCAUGGCAAGUGACCACGAACCUGACAGGAACACACACUGUUGUCUUUAGAAUAAAUAAAUUCAAAGUCGAGAUAGUUCCAGAGAGUGAAUUUGGAAAUUUCUAUGAUGGCGACAGUUAUAUAGUUUACCGACAAACAAAGAAACCAGACUCGGAUGAUUUCACGCAGGACAUUCAUUUUUGGAUUGGAGCUGGCAGCACGCAAGAUGAGUAUGGCACAGCUGCAUAUAAGACGGUCGAGUUAGACAACCUCCAUGAUGAUAAGCCAGUGCAACAUCGGGAGGUCCAGGGAAAGGAGUCGGCGCUGUUCAAGAGCUAUUUCCCAAAGAUAUGCAUACUGAAGGGAGGCUACGAUUCUGGAUUCCGACAUGUUACAACAAAGGAAUACAAAAUCCGCCUUCUUCGUGUUCAGAAACAGCCAGCUGUUCCCGGAAAGAAGAAAAACAUUUUGAUCAACGAGGUUACGGCCAAGAAAUCCAACUUGAACGAAGACGAUGUUUUUGUCCUGGACAACGGGGAUAAGGUAGUCCAAAUUAAUGGAAGUUCCUGCUCAGCUGAUGAAAAAUAUAGGGCAAGAGAAUAUAUUGCUCUCCUCCAAAAUGAACGCACCGGCAUGGCUAUGAAAUUGAUCACAAGAGAUUCAGCAGAGGAAGCCAUUGAGGUUCCUGAUGAGGCUGCUGAUGAUGAUGAUGAUGAUGAGGAUGUCGUUGAUGGUCCUGCGGAGGACUUUCAGGCAACAAUGUUCAGGUUGUCAGAUGCCUCUGGUGAAAUGACUUUCACAGAAGUCCAGACUGGAAUCUUGACGAGAGACAAGUUGGACCCUCAGGGAUCAGGUGCCCAGGAUGUUUUCAUCUGCGAUUUUGGAACUGACUGUUUUGUGUGGGUCGGCAAGGGGGCUUCUGAUAAAGAGAAGAGUAAUGCGUUGAUGUAUGCACAUAAUUACCUGAGAGGAACUCAGCACCAACUUUGUCCAAUCCACGUGAUGAAGAGCGGAUUCGAGUCAAACGACUUCCUCAAUAGAUUCCAUUAAGGCUAGAAGAGAGUGUGAUCAGCUUCCUUGUUUGGCUGUGAUCUGUUUAGCUUAACCCGACUGUCAACGGCAGAUAAAUGGUUCAAAUAAAGUUCUGAUCGUCCUCAUCCUAAUUGUGUUAAACAAUGUGCAGUAUGUAUAGUUUGGGACCGUUCAAUAAUAACUGGAGUAAAAGUUUGAUUCCAAAAUGUGCUAAAUCCAUAAUUGCCCUAUUGAUAAAAUGGUCCGUGGAUCUGAGAGGAAAUCUUAUGAAAAUUACAUCUUCAUUUCCUGUAAUAGUAUACAUGUAAUUUGAUCGCAGUAUUUGCUAAAAGAUUAUAUGUAUGAUUGAUGUAACGAUAUGUUGAAAAUAGCCUUUAGCAUAUUUUGGAAAAAAAUUGUGUAAUUUCCCAAGUCAGUUUCAUGUGGGAUACAGGUAUUUGGUUAAAUAUCCCAAUUAAUUAUUUGCACAUUUUAUGUACCGGUAUGUGGCGAAGCCCAUUAUGAUUAUUGUUUUAGAUCGGGACCGUAUCAUGUUAAACUAAUAGUAGUCGUAGUGAUCGAAUGUAUUAUGUAAUGAGGUAGAAAUAUGUUAUAUAUAUGAUUAGCUGCUGCAAUCUUGCUUGUAUGGUACCUGUAAAAUCUUCCACUGGGAUUAGUUGAGUUCACAAAGGGUUCUAGAGUGUGAGAGAGGUAUUAGGUCACCUAGGUGAAAAACUGGGAAUCGAGUUGGAAGUUUUCUCACAGAAUCUACUCCCGAUGCUUUUUGCUUGUGGUGUCUCCAACCGAAAAGCAUAGAUGAAUAAAAUUUGUAGACCAUGAACUGUAUAAAUUCCAUAUUGAUGUUUGUUGUAUGUUAACAUUGAUCAUGUUUUGCCAUGUAAACAUUGGAAAUCUUUAAAAAUGGUACUACUUCCAUUCAGAUAUAUUACAUGUGCACAUAUGAGUGACUAUGUAGAACAAGCUGGACUGAUUCAAGAACUAAAUCUGUUAAGGAAACUGACUUAUUCGAACCGAACCUUAAACCCUCUAUGAAAUAUCUGAAACUGUUGAUAAUAUGCAUUACAAUCAUAAAAUUGUAUCGUUAUUGUUUCUUUGAGGCACCAAUGGUUGUUGUUAAAACUCUAUCCUGUCUUUCAAUACUCAUAUGCUGUGAUCCAAAGCUUCCGAAGUAAAUUCCGUCUCAACUUGAAAUGAUAUCAACUAAUGUUCAUUGGUAGUUGUCUAUCCCUUCAAACGAUGCAAAUGAUUGUCUCCUUGUGGUGAAACAGAAACAAAGCUCUUUUCAACAGCUGAAAACUGAAGCAACCAAAUGUAGUUUUAUUAAAAGGACAAUUACGGCAUUAGGUGUGUUAGUUUUUCAUGCAAAAAUGUCCUUACUUGAGAAAAUUUCAAUAGAGGAAGAGACUUGUUCUCUGUUGGUAGCCAAUCCUGAGAUGGAAGCAAUGAUUCAAUACUGUAAGGCUUUAGUAAAGAUUUUUCAGUGCUUUUCACCAGCCUAGCUGUGAUACUGUACCUUAACAUGACUUUCUUCCUUCAAAAACUGCUGCCAUUCCAGGUGUCUUUAUAAAGUAUUAUUUCUAUGUUUAUUCUACAUUUAUAUAAUUUUAAAUGGAUUAUACUCCAGGCAUUAUAUGGCCUUGCAUUCCAAGCUGUACAUGUACGUAUAACUUUUAUACUUGGGUUCUUUGUGCACCUCUGCUAUAAUUUCGCUGAAUAAUUCAUAAAAUCAAUGGAGACCAAGUUGUGAUUUUUCAAAAUUCUAUGAAAUGAAAGUGCUUGUUAAGCAACAAGUGGAUAUAUGUUAUAUCCAUGAAAUGUGAUGAUUGAACAAAAAUACUUUUAAUCUACAACCCAGUGACCAGUCUGUCGUACAACCUUCAUAUCUGUUGUCCGCUAUGACGGACUUUGGUCAUCAAGAUGAAAGCCUAUUGCAUGUUUUCACUGUAUCAUACACCUGUUGUAUAGAUACUUGUAAAUAAGGAUGCAACAAUCAUAUUUAUACUUGUCUUCAAACAUUGAAUCCCUGAAAAUGUGUGAUAAUAUUACUUGUAUUCAAAACCAGAAUCACUGAAAUUUGUGGUGAUAUAUGACAGAUUUUGUGCAAACAUGAUCGAAAAGUAAGUUGUCUACUUAAUUAACUGUGUAUUCUUUGAGAUAGAUUCCAACAUGUACAAUAAAGUUAUCUCUGUAUUUCAAAGAGAAGAGUCCAUAAUCACAAGCAAUGGACAGACAAAUGUUCAACUGCACCAUCCAUUACCAUCAUAUUUUUUGGUCUCCAACAGAGUAUUUCUAGAUUUUGUAUUACAAUUCAUAUAAGGCAAACAUGAAGUCAUUCCUGAUGUAUUUUGAUAUUGUCUUAUGGUGCACAUUCCAUCCAUUACCUUUGAGCAUGCAAUAAAAGUGAAUUCAUUCACAA